AUGUCGAACCUUGCAAUCACCAACAACGACAAUCGAGCAGACUCGAAGAGAGAUUCUUCUUCAUCUCGCCCUGGCAGACUAUGUACGAACCACGAGCAGCGGCGGAUCAACCAAGACCCUUACGGCGGCGACGGCUUCGAUGUGCUUCUAUGCGACUGUUUUGCGGCAGAGGACGAAGAUGAUGAUGUGCUCAAUAACUUCGACUUCGAGAGCUUCCUUGCCAAAUUCUCUAACGCGGAACUUCAGGACGAACUGCUUAGGGGCCAGUUCUUCGCGGAAGGUGGCACAGUGAAGGACAGCUCAGCAGUCCGACGCCUCACGCAAGUCCAGGAGCAUCUACAAGUGCCCGACCCAGAUGCCAGAGACGGCGACUCAACGGUUUCGCAUGCAGGGCGCCAGCCCAAUGAUGGACGCUGGCAUGAAGAGCUACCCAUUCAUCCGUCUUCCAGAGAGGCGCUGGGCAGAUGGGUCGAGAGUCUGGAGGCGGGAAAGUUGGAUAAAUCGAAACGGGCUGCUGGUUUAAGCAACGCGCAAGUAAUGUUCCAGCCGGAGCAGGAGGCGAAUCCUCCGCCGCUGCCAUGGGAGCCGGGAACGGUGCAGGGCGGGCAUUGUGGGUUUCCUUGCUGGCCGUAA